AUGGUGGAGAGUACCCGGCUUCAACAUCUGUACGAUUACUGCUCCAUCGAGGACAACAGCAGUGACAAACCAAGUUUGAGCAGAAAUGUCAUUGAGAAAGCUGUCAUUGAAGCCAAGACCAUGGUGGACUCCGCUUAUGCGUACUCUAGAAGAGUGAGCGUUGAGCGCGUGAGAAGGAAUGCAGUGAGUCCGUCAGACAUCCUGCGGUUGGUGAAGCAGCCUGUUGGGCAAACCCGUAAUGCUGUGCGUGCUGCUGACUAUAUGGACAAUACCAUUAAAAUCAUCAAGAGGUCUUUGGAAAAAAAUGAAAAACGCUCCUUCAAUGCCACAGAUCUGAUCUCUGAGGAAAAUCUGCAGGUCAUUGCUGCGCUGACAGGCUGCUCUAGUAUCCCUUCUUGCAAAACUACUCCCGAUUUAAACAAAUUUCGCACUGCAGCCGGUGUCUGCAACAACAGAAUUAACCCCCGCUGGGGAUCCUCCAACACACCUUUCACCCGCUGGCUCCCUGCUGAGUAUCAGGAUGGAAACUCUCUGCCCAAAGGCUGGGACCCUAAACUCAAAAUCAACAACCAUCUUCUUCCCUUGGUCAGAGAAGUGUCCAACAGAAUUUUGCGUACAGCAAACUCUGAUGUGGAGAGCGACCCACUCUUCACUCACAUGGUGACAAUGUUCGGCCAGUGGACGGAUCAUGACCUGACCUUGACUCCUACCUCUCCUGUGAUUCGCUCGUUCAGUAAUGGGAUUGACUGUGACAAGAGCUGUGAACGGACAGAGCCCUGCUUCCCCAUCCAGAUUCCCAACGAAGACCCUCGCUUUGGUACAAAUUCUGAGAGUUGCAUCCCCUUCUUCCGCUCAGCAGCAGCUUGUGGUUCUGGACACUUUGGCAACAAGUUUGGAGCGAGCACCGUCCGUCAACAGAUGAACGCGCUCACAGCUUUCCUUGAUGCAGGUCAGGUGUACGGUUCAGACGACACUAAAGCUCGUUUCCUACGAGACCUCACCUCCGAUCUGGGCCUGCUGAGAGUCAACAGACAGUUCACUGACAACAGACGUGAGCUCCUGCCCUUCUCCUCCAUGGUUACCAACAUGUGUGCCACACGGGCACGCAUUACUAAUACUAAGGCCAAGGAGGUGCCCUGCUUUGUGGCUGGUGACGAGCGGUCCAAUGAGAACGUUGGCCUUACCGCUAUGCACACACUGUUCCUGCGUGAGCACAACCGCCUGGCCCGUGCUCUGGCGGACAUCAAUCCUCACUGGAAUGGAGAGAGGCUCUAUCAAGAAGCACGUCAAAUCAUGGGAGGAUAUUCGCAGGUUAUCACUUUCAGAGACUACUUACCUCACAUUGUUGGUCCAGACUUCAUAGCCAGUCAUCUGUCCACCUACCCUGGUUAUGAUGAACACGUGGACCCCUCGAUGGCCAAUGUGUUUGCCACCGCUGCCUACAGAUUCGCUCACCUUAUGAUUCAGCCUUUCAUGUUUCGUCUUAAUGAGCAGUACCAGGAUCACCCUGACUUCCCCAGCCCCUUGCUGCACAAAGCCUUCUUUACACCGUGGAGGGUCGUCUUUGAAGGUGGUGUGGACCCCCUCAUCAGGGGCCUGGUGGGUCGUCAGGCCAAGCUGAACACUCAGGAUCACAUGAUGACUGAUGAACUGAGGGACAGGCUGUUUAAAUUCACCAGUGAGUUGGCACUGGAUCUGGCUGCCCUCAACAUGCAGAGAGGAAGAGACCAUGGACUCCCUGGAUACAACCGAUGGCGUAAGUUCUGUGGGCUGUCACAACCCAAAAAUGAAAGAGCGCUGUCAAAAGUGCUGAAAAAUAAGGACCUGGCCAAGAACCUGCUGAAACUCUAUAAGACACCUGACAACAUCGAUGUGUGGCUGGGAGGAGUGGCUGAGCCGUUUGUCCGUGGAGGAAGAGUGGGACCUUUGUUUGCCUGCCUGAUUGCCACUCAGUUCCAGCGGAUCCGCACGGGAGACCGACUUUGGUGGGAAAAUACUGGCGUAUUUACUGAGGCCCAGGGCAACUCCUUGAGGGAAACCUCGCUCGCUCGCAUUAUCUGUGACAACACUGGGAUCACUGAAGUACCGGAAAAACCCUUUCUUUAUCGGCCUCGAGGGUCCGGUUACACCCAGUGUGAGAAAAUCAGUGCCUUUGAUCUCAGUCCAUGGAGAGAGAAUGCACAAUACUCUCAUGGAUCCGUUGGACCACCAGGACCCAGAGGACCAAGUGGACCCCCUGGACCUCCUGGACCUCCUGGCACUGUGGCAAAAUUAGCUUUCUCUGUGCGACUUGGCAAUGACAACCCCAAAACAGCCGGGGCCAUACGCUUCCUUGACGUCCUCUACAAUGGACAGAACAGCUAUAACACAAAGACGGGAAUGUUUACAUGUCCCCAAACUGGUGUGUAUGAAUUCCAGUUCCACUGCCCCAUCAGAGAAAAGAAGGCCAAUAAAAAUCCCGGUAUGGAUCUGAUGUGUAAUAAAUAUAUGGUUCUGCACUCAUUCAACACGCUGCAGGGCAGUUCCAUCAUUGCCAGUGGCAACAUGUACAUUAAGCUUGACACUGGAGACUAUGUAUAUCUGGUGCCCAGCAAUGGGGGCAACGGUAUGACCAAGGACUGUUUGUUCUUAGGGCAUUUGCUGUUCACUGAGUAGGAGACUGGUCUUCAGUAAGCUUUUGAUCCACCGCGUCCUAAAAACGCUGCAAAAGAAAAUCGAUUUUGACAAGUUAUUUUGUCAAAUAUAUCUAUAUAUGGUGCCAGUGGGGUGAGUUAAUCCCACUUUCCAGUGAAAUGUUCUGCAUUGCACUAGAAUUUGAUGUGGCACCUUUUCUCUGGAGCCUUUUUGUGGGGUGUAUAUGUGUAAGUCACUUUAAGUGUGACAUUAAUAAAUGACUGUUAUACAAAUCAA